ACUUUUUGGCGCGUUUUCGGCAUCUGGAUGUGCUUUGGUGAUUUUUGUGUUGUCUUUUCUGUGAGCAAUUUUUUGGCAAUUUUUCCAAUACCAACUCUUGUCCUGCAUCACCAGAGUUGAGUAUUUCUGCAUAAGGACACUCGUAGUCAAGCACAGACACUGCAGUCUGGAGGCUUCUGGGCAUAUUUGUGAACUUGGACUACAAAGAAUAUGACAACCCAAAUGCCGCGGCGACGUUCCGCUCUGCAGGAAUUGCCGCCCACAUCGGACAAUCUCUUCCUGGACGACUCCCUCCUGGAUAGUCCCAACAGCAACCUGUCGCGUAGCUUUGCUUCACCAGUGCCAUCGCCGGAUGAGAUCGUGAUACGUCAGCGUGGGCGACGAAGCAUUUCGCUGACAUGGUCGCCAGGACAGGAGAAAACCACCGGGAAGAAGGCCUCUCCGCUGAAGACGCCAACGAAGAAUAUGUCCCAGAUGGUGCUGAGGAGCUCCCCACGCAAGAGGCUGCUAAUGAACGACACCAAAUCACCCGUGUGUCCCAAGAUGAUACUCGAAGACACGAAGAAACUGCGAAUUGAGGAGAAAUCCGUGGCACAAAUCAACACUCAGACUUCACUGGCGACAUAUCUCAAAGGAUACACCCAGGAACAACUAGCUAUGAUCAUACAGAAGCUGGUCAGGGACAAUGCCAGCCUUGAAAAAGUGAUUCGCAAUGAACUUCCUGUGCCAGACAUCAAACCCUUCGAGAUGCAACUGGUUCUCUUGAAGAAGAAUAUAUAUCGCAGCCUUCCGUCAUCGCGACUGGUUAAGAAGAACGACAGUGUGUCGUAUUCACGAGCACACCUUCAUUUGACUGCUCUGAAGAAGGCCAUCUCCGAUCAAUCCACCCUCCUCAGUCAGUCGCAACACUUCGACGCGCUCCUCGAUUACGUCCUCAUGGCCUGGCCAAUUGUAAGGAGUACACCGGACUGGGAGAAUCACUCCCACAAUGCCGUUCGUCGGCACUGUUUCAAGAUCCUCGCCUUCCACUGCAAGACGUGCCUCCAACAGGCGGGUGAGCUCCUGGGCGAGGAGCGCCUCGGCACACUCGCCUCUCACAUCAACGAUAUGAUCAAUGACUACGAGAGCAUGUCUGCAUGCCUAUCGACACUCGAGUAUCUGACCAAGGUCCCCGAAUAGAGGACGUUUUGAU